UUCAAUAUAUUUAUUUUAAUCUUGAUAAAUAUCUAGAUAUUAUAUUUCUUUUAAAUGUCAAGAAAAAAGUCUCAGAGAUUUAAAUAUUUUGAAGAAUCCCUAGAAACAGUACCUGAAUUUCAUCAUUUAAAACCGCAUGUAAUGAUUCUUUCAUGGCUUUUCCCCAGGCACUAGCUACACAGCCAUCAGUAUAGCUACCUAGCUAGCUAGCUACGGGACUCGUGUAGCUAGUUAGUUUUUUUUUUUUGCUUCGAAACGGAGAGUAGAUGCGUUUCCUUUUCAUACAUUUUCUUAUAUAAACCAGCGAGGAAGUCAGUCGUAUCUGAAGCCCGUUUAGCUAUAGCCAGUUGGCUCUGUUUUAUAUGCUCAUCUAAAAGUCGGAUGUUCUUUUCCAGCUAGCUGUUUAGAUAGCCGUCGAGUUGCCUGGUUAAUGUUUUGGGGACUAAGAAAAGCGGUUAGGUAGAUAUCCGUGUCCUUUGCUCUGGAAAAGGACGUGUGCGUUACAUUUCAUUUUGAGAUACAGUUGCAGCCUAUUGUGGUUUGUCGCAUGGCUCCUCAGAAGCACGGUUCCGGUUCGGGUACCGGUGUGGGUUGUGGUGCUGGUGGGAAAGCCAACGGCGGCGUGUAUUCGUCCUCCGCUGUUGUGAUGUCCGCAGUAAAGAAGCCCAAGAUGGAACUGAUUCAAGCCGACCACGAGCUCUUCUUACAGGCCUUUGAAAAACCAACACAAAUCUACAGAUUUCUUCGAACCAGAAAUCUUAUUGCGCCUAUAUUUUUGCACAGAACUCUUACAUAUAUGUCCCACCGGAACUCUAGAACGAACGCCAAAAGGAAGUCUUUCAAAGUGGAUGACAUGCUAUUCAAGGUGGAGAAGAUGAGAGGAGAGCAGGAGUCACACAGCUUUGCAUCUCACCUGCAACUGACCUUCACCGGAUUCUUCCAUAAAGUCGAAAAGCCAUCGCAGAACUCGGAAAACGAGCAAAACUCUGUCUCCCUGGAAGUGCUUCUGGUCAAAGUCUGCCACAAAAAGCGGAAGGAUGUAAGUUGCCCAGUCAAGCAAGUGCCUACGGGUAAGAAGCAGGUGCCUUUGAACCCCGACACCAGCCAAUCAAAGUUGGGCAACUACCCCUCGCUGGUGGUGUCCAGCAACGAGUUUGAGCCCAGCAACAGCCACAUGGUGAAGUCCUACUCCCUGCUGUUCCGGGUGUCGCGGCCUGGAAGGGGGGAGCUGAAUGGUCUAGCCAAUGGCGAGAUGGAGAAUAUUGAUGUCAACGAAGAGCUUCCAUGCAGGAAAAAGAGGAGCUCCUCCCACAGAGUAGAUGAGGAAACCACUUUUGUUGCUCAGAUGACGGUCUUUGACAAGAACAGACGUCUGCAGCUGCUGGACGGAGAGUAUGAGGUGUCCAUGCAGGAGAUGGAGGACUGUCCCGUCAGCAAGAAGAGGGCAACGUGGGAGACCAUCCAGGAUGGGAAGUGGCUUCCUCCGUUUGAGACCUUCUCUCAGGGACCUACACUGCAGUUCACCUUGCGCUGGACGGACGACAUCAGCGACCGCUCCACGGCGCCCGUGGCCAAGCCGCUGGCCACACGCAACUCAGACUCGGUGCUUCCAGAGAGCCGGCCCGGCCCGCUCAGACCUGCUCAGGCAGUAGCUGUUAAAGAUUCUGUUGGCACAGAUGUCCAGACAAAAAAAGAGCAGAUUAUACUUGAACCUCGACAGAAGCUUCGCAUUUUUUAUCAGUUCCUGUACAACAACAACACCAGGCAGCAAACAGAGGCCCGGGACGACCUGCACUGCCCUUGGUGCACGUUGAACUGCCGCAAGCUCUACAGCCUCCUCAAGCACCUCAAAUUGUCUCACAGCCGCUUCAUCUUCAACUAUGUGCCUCACCCCAAAGGAGCCCGGAUAGACGUGUCCAUAAACGAGUGCUAUGACGGCUCCUACGUGGGUAACCCUCAGGACAUCCACAGCCAGCCCGGCUUCGCCUUCAGCCGCAACGGACCCGUCAAGCGAACGCCGGUGACGCACGUGCUGGUGUGCAGGCCAAAACGCACUAAGCCCAGCCUGUCUGAGUUCCUGGAGUCGGAGGACGGAGAGCUGGAACAGCAGCGCACCUACAUCAGCGGCCACAACCGGCUGUACUUCCACAGCGACAGCUGCAUGCCUCUUCGGCCCCAGGAGAUGGAGGUGGACAGCGAGGACGAGCGUGACCCCGAGUGGCUGCGAGAGAAGACCAUCACGCAAAUAGAUGAGUUUACAGACGUCAACGAGGGUGAGAAGGAGGUGAUGAAGCUUUGGAAUUUACACGUGAUGAAGCAUGGUUUCAUAGCCGACAAUCAGAUGAACCAGGCCUGCCUGCUCUUCGUGGAGAAGUGCGGCUCCUACAUCGUGGAGAAGAACCUCUGUCGCAACUUCCUGCUGCACCUGGUCAGCAUGCACGACUUCAACCUGAUCAGCGUGGUGACCAUAGACAAGGCCAUGGUGCAGCUGCAGGAGAUGCAGCCAGAGUGUGGCUCGAGGGCCAGGGGUCCUGCGGAGGGGGAGGAGCCGCCGGACUCCAAGGAGGAGGAGGCCGCUGCGCUGCCCGCGGAGAACGGCGGCCGCUCGCCUGGUGCGGACGACUCCAAACUCGCCAAGCGGCAGAAACUCUAAGCGGCCCUACCAGGCUGUUAUGGGCAGCGGUGGGCCAUGUGGAGGGAUUGGCCGGAGUCAGCGGGAGUCUUAAAGACGGAGAGGUGCAGCCUACAUUCCGAGCAGGCACUCAGAUGGACGCAUGUGGGACGAGUCUGAAUGAACAGGAGUCUAGUGGUUUCGGUGCCCAUACACUAACCAACACGCCAACACAUCUUUUUUUUUUUUGGUCCUGCCUUUCAACUGUUGCUAUGGCAACAGUCAUCAUUACUGCACCUUGAGCUUGAGCAUUGUGGGGGGGGGUGUCCAGCUCAAAGUCUGACCUCAUGUUAACCAUGACAGUCCAUCAUAUUUUAGCACUUGUCCUGUUUUAUAUAUAUACCUUUUUUUGGGAAGACUAUUAAUAUAUUUUGAUUCGAAACAAAUUCAGACAUUACCCUUUAUGGGUAGUCUGAUGCAUUCUGGAAACAUGAAAACUCUUUCCUCUUCACUUUGGUGCCGUUCUGAAACAGCCCUUUAUGGAGGCCACCGACAGGCCAACCCCGCGUUCCAACUUCUCAGCAAUGUCGGAUCAGUAAAGCCCAGCCAAGCACAGCAGCCCUAGAGGACAAACUCUGUGAUGCAGGACUGGGCCUGUUACUGAGCUAUAUGCAAGGAUGGUGGUCUAUCCACUGUGAUUUACAGGGUAUAUAUAUAUAUACUGCGUACACUAAACAGGAAACAGAACCUCGGUCAGUGUUCUGCUGCAUGCAGGAACAUGUAUUACUCAUGCAAAUGUUUACAGUUUUCUUUUGGUUUUGUCCCAUGGCGAUGUGUUAUGUGUUUUUGUGUACUUACUACUAUUGCUGAGUUAGGGGCAUGACUUGGCCUUUAAAGUGUCGAGCGCUGAGUCCCCCUAACCCCCUGCGUCUCUUCGGUCCGUCACAUCCACACCAUUCAGCGAACAUCUGACCUGCUGUCCUCUCUGUCCCGCGUUUGAAGAGGAAGAGAGUGUGAAGCCGCUCCCCGUUUUGGGAAUCCUCCAGAUUAAUCCGCCGGACUUUAUUUGAACUUGUAUAGUAUAUAUGGUAUGUGUAUUGUGGAAUUGUGAAAUUCCUGCUCACCACAGAAAUUGUCAGGAGGAAGACUUUUUUUUCUUUUUUUUUUUAAAGGCUGCAUCUGCCAGAAUCAUGCAUUUAUGAAGUAUGUUUUAAAAAAGGCAUAUUUGUUUUCAGACCAAAGGGGGAUAUUUCCCAUUUUAAUCUGAUUUUUUUGGUUCUUGUUGAUUUGCAUCACAAAUGGAUAAAAUUACAGAAGUUGCUUUUUUUUUGUCCACAACUCGCUUUAAUUUGCUGUAGCUGUGCACAUAUAUAAGACUAUGGUAGAUCGGUUUGGGGAAAAGUAGGGCAUAUGAAAUUUGCUGAACUUGCUCCUGAUUUUUUAUUUUUUUUUGUUAAGCAAGCUGACUGCUUCUUCCUGCUUUGGAAAAGACUAUUUGCACACAGUGUGACGACUCACAGAAAGAAGAGGGCGGAAGUCUGGAAUUCAUGAACCAACGUUGUACAACCAGCUUGUUAAAACUUGUGAAUUUUGUGAUAAGAGUCAUAGAAAAUGUUUUUCUAUUUAAAAUAAAAUAUUUUUUUUUCGUUUUUUACAGA